AUGGGUGUACGGAGACUGUACUUUCUCCUACUUCUGCCAGUAUUUGUGUUUUGUGGUGUGGAAGAGACUAUUGUGAAGAUUAUUGAGAGAGAAGCAGAUGUUACUCAAAUUUGCUCCGGGGAAACGCUGAACAAUAUCACACUAACAGUGUGUAAGAUCGGCAGUGAGCGGCACAGGACAGGAGAGUGCAGUCUGAUGUAUCAAGAUGGACAAGAGGUGUUAAACAAAUGUGACUCCAGGUUCAAACUUAUGAAAGAAAAUCAGACUGUGUUUCUCCAUCUGACGAAUUUAACACAAGAGGACAGUGGAAGUUACACCUGUGAGUGUGAACACAACAGAGGAACAUAUGUGCUCCAACUCAAUGUAACUUUGAAAGGCAAGGAAGAGUCGACCGGUUCAACAGAAAUAUUAACUUUAAUCCCUUCUGGACUCCUUGGUGCAGUAGGGGCCGUCAUUAUAACUGGAUUAAUUCUGGCAUGUACCUACUGGAUGAGAACUCAACACAGUGGCUACUCAGUACCAGUAACACCUGGAUUAUCUGUGCAUGAAAGUCCCGGGUCUUUGGAUGAAGAUGACAAAGAGAACCCCUAUGCAAGCCUUCAGCAGCCGACAAAUGAUCUCUACCAAACUAUCACACCGGUUCAUCAUCAACACAAUUUCAGGAAAAACUUAACAAGAACCACAGAAAAUUUCUGCUGUGAUGAUCAGGACGAUGAUCCAGACUAUUGUGUCUAUGAAAACAUUUAAAGUCAAUCUAGUAUCCAACAUCUGAGCAUUUUAUAUCAACACUAUUCUCAUCAAUCACAAAUAUGUAUAUGUAUCAGAAGUCACCAGUAAGUUCAAAACAAUAUUCUGGUGGAUAAAGUCUUAACAUGGCAAACUCUUUAAACUGUGCUCACAUAGUCUCUUUAUUACAAUACAAAUACAACAAACUGUGAAAUAUAACUCGCUCCAAGAGCUGUUUCAUGCCUUGAGUUCUGUAUAAUCAUCUUCAGAUCUACCUGCUACAGAGUCGUCACUGCCAGACUCCAUGAAUCUGCUUAAACAUAUAACAGAGUUAAGUCUGUGCAUUUUAAUCAUGAUUGUACUGUGUUGGCUAUAAAUGAUUCAUAUGUAAUCCUUAUUGUAGAAGAAAAUAAACCAAAAGAUUUUAAUGUUUAAGUUUUGAAGGCAUGCAAAAUAAUUUUAAUCAUGAAAUCUUAAUUUGAUAAAAGUUAAGUCAUUGCAUUGCACAGAGUGCAUUU